ACCUGUUUAGUUUUAGUUAUAUUCCACAAUUUCUUUUAAUAUAUGCCAUAAAAAAAUAUUAGAAAUAGUUAAAUCAAAUUCAUUUUAGAUUCUGUUAUUUAUUAUUAUUCAUAAUUAUCAAAUCUUUACAAAAAAAGAAUAACAUGCGCGGCUGAAAAAGAGUUAUCAUCUAUGAUUACAUCAUUGAUUACGAAAAUAUUUUUUCUGUAUUGCCUUGGUAACCAGUUAACAUAACAAUGAAUGAUAGUAUACUACGCGCACAGCUAUGUAUGUUUCUAACAACCGAAUACUUCUUUGAUACUGUGGAGUUGUUUUUAGCAGAAUUAAAAUGUCGAUUGUAACGUGUAAUCAAUCACUGCAAAAUGCAAACUGAAGUGCCCACAUUGCCUGUAGUACAUCUCAAUGUUCAUGAAAAUGUGGAUAGGUAAACUAAUAUUCCUUGCAGAGGGCAAAAGCAAUCAUACCAUAUUCAAGUGUCAUAAUAAAUUGAUAUAUGUACAUUUCACUUAAUUUUCAUAUUGAUCUUUCAUACCUAUUUAUAAUUUUUAUGGUUUUUUAUAUAAAUGAACAUCUACAUAAUUUUCAGAAAGCAAAACAGCAAUACAAAUAAUAUAGAAGAAAAAAAAAGCUAUUCACUAUGUAGAAGUACAUGUCCAUCAUCAAAUAAAAAAUGUUUGCAUCCUUUGCUCGGUAUGUUAUAUAUUGAAAGAGAAUCAUAUAAAAACACCAUGCGAGUCUGUUCUACUACAAUAUCAGCAAAACCUGCAAAUAAAAAUAAUCUUACUCAAAGAGUUGUAUCUGCAAAAAUGCUUCGUAUUAAACAAUUGCAAAAUCAACUUGCUGAUGCACAUUAUCAUCUAAAUGAAUUGGCUAAUGAAAACAGGCUAUUGAAAGCAUUGCAGAAAAGGCAAGAUUCUGCAUUAAGACGUUAUGAGGGAACUACUGCUGAACUACCAAAAAUUAUUAAUUCACAUCAGGAAGAAUUGAGAAUACUCCAAAUUAAGCAUAAGAAAUUAAAAGCCUUACAUAAGAACAUCUCUGAUUUAUUGAAAGAAAAAGAAAAUGAAUUGUAUUCCUUGCAGACUCAAAAUAAACAUUUGUUGCAACUCAGUAAAGAUCGAAACUUGGCAGAAAGAGAAAAAUUACAGAUGCAAGUUUCUGAGUUAAAUCACAAAAUAAUGCAGCAACAAGAAAAUAUACAGUUGUUAGAAAGAAAAUUAGCCUUGGAAAGAAAAAGUUUGAAACAUCAACUAUUUGUAGAAAUAUCUAAACACAAACAAACACAGAAAAACUUACAAGAAGCACUUGAAAAGGUGAAAGAUUUAGAACAUUUAAUAGGUAACAAAACAAGAAAACAAUUACUAAUCGAUAAGAAAAAUACAGUUUUUGUAACUCAAUCACUUACAAAUUUAAGGAACGUAAGUACUGCGAUAACUACGACCAACAAAUAUAAAAAAUAUAAUGAUGGACAAAACGAUAACUUGCCUACACUUAUUACAUCUCAAUUAAAUAAUGAUAUAAUUAAUAAUACUGUUAGCAGUACAAAUGCAAGUCAACAAACGGAUUUGCCUUGUCCAGAAACAGUGACAAGUUCAAGAGAUACUCAUAAAUUAUAUUUUCAAACAAUGUCACAGGAUAUGAUAUCUUCAUUAUUUGAUGAUCAGACACCAAAGUUUAAAGAUUUAGGAUCAAAAUUAAAUAAAAAUGUACAAACUGCAUCAUACAAUGAAAAUGAUAUAGCAAGUCAGAUGGAAUCUGGGAAUAAGUGCAUAGUAGAUGGAAAUUCAUAUGAAGUAUCUACAGAACAGCAUGAACAAUUUGAUAAUUUUUCUGACUAUUCUAAUAGUGAACAUGAGAACGAUGAACAUAAAAAUAGGAAUUAUCAUUUGAUGAACACAAUAAAAAAUUCUCAGGAUUUACAUACACGGAUGAUCAAUAAUACAGACCAUGAUCUUACUUCUUAUAUAACAGAUUCUAAAGAGAGUGAAUCAAAUGCACAAUUUUUUUCUAAAAAGAUAUAUAAUGAAAAUUUUCAAAAGCAGGCUAAAAUUUUAAAUCAAAAAGAUUAUGAUUAUCAAUAUAAGUUUAAAACAAACCAAGAAGAAUGUACUGAAGAUGGCUUCUCUGUUAAAUUCAAAAAUGAUAAAUUUGAUAAAAUAUAUUCUGAUUCUUGUUCAGAUUUUAAUACUAAUGAUAUGACAAAUGAAAUUGAUUUAAAAGUUUUAAGAACUAAACAAAAAACUGAUAAUGCAAAUUCGGAAGUUAAUUUGCUACAAAAUGAAAGUAUUUAUGAAUAUCAAAGUGAUUUGCAUAAAAAUGUAGAAAAUCCUUCCAUAGAAACUAUAGUGAACAAUCUUGAAUAUAAUCUAAAUCAUAUGCAUAUACAAGAUGAAAAAAAUCAUUUGAUUAAUGAUCAUGAAAACUUAAUUGAUUUAAAAUUGGAUACUCAGCAUACUUAUGAUGAAAAUGAAACGACUUCUAUGUCUUUGCAACAAGAUGAAUUUCAAGGUAUAGAAAAAUAUUCAACAGUUAAUUUCGAACUUGAUCAAGAAAUAAAACAUUCAGAAAUUGAUAAAGAUUAUCCAUUAAUAUAUGACAAUAUUAGUUAUUCUAUUGAUAAGGUAAAAGAUGAACUACAACAGAAUAAUUAUGGUGAUCAACAUACAUCAACAAACUCCAUAAUGGAGGGUCAAAGAACAAUAUCUAAUGGAAGCAAAGUGGAAUUUACUGAAGAUCUAAACAAUGAUGUUAUUACUACAUUACAAAUGAAUAAGAAAAAAAAGUCAUUAUCCAACAGUCAUACAGCUAAUAACUCUGGUAAAAGUUACAAUAAUACCAAUAAAAGUGACCACAAAGCGGUUAAUAAAUCAAAAUCAAUUAAUUACAACAAAGAAAAACUUUUGGCUACAAUGAAGGCAAUUGAUAAUAAUGAAGAUAUUGACUUUUUUAUUGAUCAACAUUUUCCAAAACGUAAUUCUUUAACUAGAUUUCAAAUAACAGAAAACUUAUUCCGUGGAUUACCUGCACAUAGCAAGAAAAACUAUAGUAUUAUUAAUGAUGUGUUUGAUAAUGGUAAUAUGGAUAAUAAAAUUAGCCUUACUUAAACCUUGUUAGUUAUAUCUAUCUAUAAUAUAUCUUGCAAGUUUACUGAAGUCUUAAAACUAUUUGAUGAUAUAGUAAGCUUCUUAAAUGAUCAAUAUUAUUAACAAGCUUACAAUUACUAAAAUUCGUUUAGACUAAAAUUCGUUUAUUUUAUUAGCCUCACAUAGUUAAACAUUAAUCAAAUUUAAUCAUGAUAUAAAAUAAAAUGUAGCAGUAAUCUUAGUAUGAUUACGUUGCAUUUUAUUAAAAAAAUACAUUAUAGAAAACAUCAAUUAGUUUAACCAUGUGGAGGCUGCUGCAUAUGAAGAUACUAUUUUGAAUAUGAUUUAACAAAUUUUAAACAAGCAAGUUUUUAUAGAAUCAAUUUUAAAAUAAUUAAUAAAUAAUCAAAAUGUAUAAAAAUAUAAUAUUUUUAAAAGGAGAGGUUAUAAAUAAAAACAAUAAAAAAAUUUAGAAAAUUUCUAGGAAACUUCAUUAACAACAGUCUUUAUACGUGCUUUCAUUGCAGUGUCAUGUGUAUUGUAAA